CAAGUUAGACAUCAGGGUCCCUUUACUCUCAUUAAAAUCUUCCAAUUACUGCUUAGGAAACCUUACUGUAAUGACCAUUACUUCACAAUCACUUACACAAAUUAGAAAGCCGAUAUAUUCAUCUGUGCACAUUAUGCAGAGUUUUCUCCUAAUUGGCCCCAUGAGGGUGUCGUCUACGCACAUUUUGCCAGCUGGGGACAGCAGCUGUCAAUCAAGCAGCAUCUUUAUAACUAGCUGCAGAAGCUGCAUCAUUGCGUCUCAGGACAAACCAGGGGACAGGCAGGAAUUUCACUGUGAUCAUUGAUCGUCAAUCAAUACCUCUUUUGAUGCGAUUAUUUUAACAGACUUUAUUCUAAAACAUAUUUCAUCAAAUCUGUUUUCUGAGUUGCACUUCUGUUUUUGGACUUUCUUCUGCUCAGAAUCUUUUUCUUUCAUCUCCAGGCUGUUGUUGACUUUACACAGAUUUUCUCUUCACAUCAGAUUGACGUCUUUCUGGAAAAGAUGGAUAAGAUGAGCGGGAACAACGUGACUGUGGUGAACAGCUCCAUAGACAAGUGGUCCUUCAAUGAACGUGGCUCUUUCCAGCAUCUGGAUCCCGGGGAGCUCAGGGUCCUGGUGCCGGCAAUUCUGGGAGUCAUCAGCGUCUUGGGUGUGGCUUGUAACCUCACUGCGAUGGUUAUCCUCUUCUCGAACGCACACAGGGGCAAACUGUCCCUCAUCAACUCCCUCAUCUUCAACCUGAUGUUUGCUGACGGGCUGGUGCUGAUGUUCACGGUGCCGUUCAGGGCUGCUGCCUUCUCCAAGGCGAACUGGAAUCUGGGCUGGGUGGUGUGCAAGACGGCCGACUGGUUCCUCCAGUCCUGCAUGGCAGCGAAGAGCUUCACAGUGGCUAUCAUGGCCAAAGCCUGCUACCGCUAUGUGUCAAACCCCACCAAGCAGGUGAGCAUCCACCUGGGCUCCAUCCUGGUGGUGCUCUUCUUCAUCUGGCUGUCCGCCUGCUCCGUCACCAUCCCUCACUGGCUGUUUGCGAGGCUGCAGAGGGAGAUCCGUGGGCUGGUGUGUGUGCUAACGGUUCCUCCUGAAGCCAAGGUUUUCAUGUCUGUGUAUGUGAAAGCGUACCCUCUGGGGGUCUACUGUGCUCCUCUCAGCUUUGCUCUCAUGUAUUUCUGGAAGGCUUAUGGCCAGUGCCAGCGCCGCUCCAGUAAGAGUCAGAAUCUGCGUACCCAGAUCAGAUCCAGGAAGCUCACCUUGAUGCUUUUCAGCCUCACCGUGGCCAUGGCUAUCCUCUGGCUCCCUCAGUGGGUGGUGUGGGUUUGGGAGCGCCACAUAGCAGAGAAAGAAAUUGAAGGAGCUCAGCCCCUCAUCUCCUCUCCUCCCCUUCUUCUGACCCUCUCUUCUCAGCUACUCACCUUCUCCCUGUCGCUGGUGAACCCUCUCAUUGUGCUCUCCCUUUCUGAGGAGUUCAGGGAGGGCUACCGGGGGCUGUGGAGGCGCCUCACCCUGCGCAAACAACUUCCGUCUAAGCCAAAGCCAGGACCCCACAACCCCACCAGCCUCCAGUCUCCUUGCCCCAGACCGGAGACCUUGGUGCAGCUGAGUGGGGAGAGGAGCCUGCAGUCGAGCUUCAGCCAGCGAGAGGCUCAACCCCAGCAGGAGCAAGGUGGAGGAGGAAGAGGAGACAGGGAGGCAGACAGGGUGAGCCUCAAAGACGGGAUUGCCUUGCCUGAUGUGGAGCAGUUCUGGCACGAGAGGGAGACCGGAUCGCACACAGACGAAAAUGAUCCGGUGCCGUGGGAGAACCAGAGCAAAGAGGAGAGAAAAUAAGUGCCGCCUUCCCAGCUGAUCAUCAACAGACCUGAGCUGAACGGACUCCUGCAGUGUAUAUCAUUGGUAUUCUGUGUUUAUGAUAUUGUUCAAAGGUAAGAGAAGUGCAAUCAGAAUGAUAGCAAGGAUGUCUUUUUGUUGCGUGAUGGAGCAGGUAGAGAAUAUAAAUCAUGUAAAGUGAUGUUUGCUGGCAGUAAAUUAAAGCUACUGAUGAGGAAGACAAUGUAAAUAGCACAGGAGAUAUAUUUAUCUGUGUGUAUUCAAUAUGUCAUUGUGAAUCAGUAUAUUAAACAGCAUAUUUUAGUAUUUAGAUAUAAAACUGCCCCUUUUUUGACAUCUAAACUGGAGGUUGAUGGUAAAGCUACAUUUGUAUUUCAGAUGUUAUUGCUUGCAUAUGCCCUCUGAAUGUCAGAAAGUAACGUGGAAAUAAGUGACAAAGUCUGUGUUUACCGUCUCCUUUCAGUGGGAGAGAUCAUUUUGUAAUCCUUGUGCAUCUGCAUGCCGAGUGUUUACAAUAAAGAUAACUGUCAAAAUGGA